AUGACUGGUGGAUCGCAGAUCAACAUCACGGCCUUCAACAGCUUAAAAGUGGAUAACUGUGAUAUACCAACACCUGUCGAAAUCGAACAUGUCCAUUGCAUAAAGCUGUUACAGAAAGCAGAGACACACUCCGUAUACUUUCAAACAUGCUUCAUUUCCAUUACCUACCUUAUAACCAGGUGUUCUGUGUUUGAAGACGCACUAAUGGUAGAGGGUGGUUUCUUUUCAGAAAUAAUUGAACUUGGAACUGCUAGAUGCAGGGAGAUUCACCAACAUAGUGUUUAUUAUACACCUUUAGGGAAUAUAAUAUCUGGACUUAAAAUUAAUCAAUCAGUUUUAAUAUCUCACACUAGAGGUGGCUCACUCGACAGAGAGUGA